AUGUAUAUGCAGCGUUUGUUGAUUGCGGUGGCGCUGGUACUGUUUUCCGUGCUUGUGUUGGCUGCUGAGGACUAUUAUAAGGUUCUUGGUUUGGAUAAGUCCGCAUCGGAGAGGGAUAUUAAGCGGGCGUAUCGGACGCUUAGCAAGAAGUAUCAUCCGGAUAAGAACCCUGGUGACGAUUCGGCGCGCGAGAAAUUCGGUGAAAUCGCUGAUGCCUACGACGUCCUCUCUACUUCCUCCCUCCGCAAGAUCUACGACCAGUACGGCCACGAUGGCGUCGAGCAGCACCGUAAGGGUGGUGCGGCGGGAGGUCGCUCCAAUGACCCCUUCGAUCUAUUCUCGCGAUUCUUCGGCGGUGGUGGACACGCCGGACAUGCGCCUGGACACCGACGCGGACCGGAUAUGGAGGUGAAGGCCUCGCUGCCGUUGCGCGACUUCUACACAGGGCGGGAAAUCAACUUCCUGGUUGAGAAGCAGCAAAUCUGUGAUGAUUGCGAGGGUACCGGGUCCAAGGAUCGCCAGGUUGUGCACUGUGAUCAGUGUGGUGGUCGUGGUAUGGUUAUUAGGAAGCAUAUGCUUGCACCGGGCAUGUUCCAGCAGGUGCAGAUGCAAUGUGACCAGUGCGGUGGCCAGGGCAAGAAGAUUAAGAAUCCUUGUCCCGUGUGUCAUGGACAGAGGGUUGUGAAGAAGGCCGUUGAGACGAGUGCGGAAAUUGAGAGGGGUAUGGAUAAGGGGACGAGGCUUGUUUUCGAAAAUGAGGCUGAUGAGAGUCCCGAUUGGGUUGCGGGUGAUUUGAUUGUUAUCCUUGAUGAGAAGGAGCCCGAGCUCGGGACGACAGACGAAGAGCGCACGGACGGGACAUUCUUCCGUCGAAAGGGCAAGGAUCUUUUCUGGAAGGAGACUCUUUCAUUGCGGGAGGCUUGGAUGGGCGAGUGGUCACGCAACGUCACACAUUUGGACGGACAUGUUGUUCGACUUGGACGCAAGCGUGGUCAGGUUGUGCAGCCUUUGGCUGUGGAAACAGUCAAGGGCGAGGGUAUGCCGCAUUACUCUGAGGCGCAUCUACAUGAUCAGCAUGACGAGGAUGACUCGCCUGGUAAUCUGUACGUUGAGUACACGGUUGUGCUGCCUGAUGAGAUGGAGAGUGGCAUGGAGAAGGAGUUCUUUGCGCUGUGGGCGAAAUGGCGCAAGAAGAUUGGGGUUGAUUUGGCCACGGAUAGUGGUAGGCCGAUUCCUCCGCCGGCGGAGGAGGAUGAGAAGGAUGAGUUGUGA